CCGGGAAGAUGUCCAUGUUAAGACGAGUUUUACCAUUUUUCACGCAAAAUACAAACAGUUUAAGGCCUGGAACGCGUUGGUUGUCUUCAGAAUCAAAGCCUACACCAUGGCCACGAAAAGUGUUCUCCGGUGUGCAACCGACUGGAGCACUGCACAUUGGCAACUAUCUUGGUGCCGUGAAACGAUGGGUCGAACUACAAGAGGCCGGCGAGGACGUUACGUACUGCAUUGUUGACCUCCACUCCAUGACCAUUCCACCGGAACCCGAAACGUUACGUCACAACACGCUGCAAAUGACUGCCACACUGUUGGCCUGCGGUAUUGAUCCAGCACGCGCAACACUAUUUCUCCAGUCAGCCGUACCGCAGCAUGCCGAACUAUCCUGGAUUCUGGGCUGCCUUACCACGAUGGCCCGCCUAACGCAUCUUCCACAGUACAAAGAAAAAUCUGCCAACAUGAAGGAAAUCCCUUUGGGAUUGUAUCUUUACCCUGUGCUGCAGGCAGCGGACAUUAUGCUGUACAAAGCAACUCAUGUUCCGGUCGGCGAGGAUCAAAUCCAACAGCUUCAGCUCGCACAAUCGUUGGCACGCGCCUUCAACAACAAGUACGGCCGUACGUUCCCAUUCUGCGAAACGCUCGUAAACGAUGGCAGUCGCCUGAAGUCGCUGCGGGAUCCGGCGAAAAAGAUGUCCAAAUCGGAUCCCGAUCCAAAGAGCUGCAUUAUGCUAAUCGAUUCACCAGACGCCGUGCUGGAAAAGGUGAAGAAAUCGGUAACGGAUUUUAAAUCGGAGGUUACGUUCGAUCCAGUAGAGCGACCGGGUGUGUCGAAUCUGAUCACAAUUCACUCGCUGGUGAGUGGAAAAUCGACGGAGGAGAUAUGCCGGGAAGCGGAGGGUAAAAAUACGGGCCAGUACAAGUUGAUGGUGGCCGAAGCUUUGAUAGAACAUUUGCGACCGAUACGGGAGCGGAUGGAACGGUACACGCGGGAUGUUGGCUUUUUGGCAAGCGUCAUCGAGGAAGGAAGCGAACGGGCCCGAACAAUAGCGGAACAAACGAUUGACGAGGUGAAGGAGAAGAUUGGGGUGGAUUGCUUUAACGUGAAGCGGAUGGCGAAGAAUGUUCGGCAGGCAAGGGAAUAA